CUCUGUUGAUUUUUAGUUUUGUGAUUUCGGAAUUGUUUUCGAUAGUUGCAAAGUUUAAACAAAUUAAACUGCAUGUGAAUAAUAUAACUUUUCGAAAAUGUCACUCAGUCUCUUAUUAGAAAAAUAUGAUGUAUCUACAGAUGAGGGCUUACAGAAAGCCCUCAAUGAUAUUGAGAAAGAAGAGGCGGAGGUGGAUGAGGCUCUCUCGGGAGUGUUAUCCAGAGCAUGUUCCUUAGAAGGCCGUCUCCGCGUUGCUAGUCAAGCAUAUACGAAGCUCAAUGAUGUAAAGACGGAUUCUCAAAUUGCCGCUGACAUGGUGGAAAAGACAGCCGGUCUUGCCAGGGAUGUCAGUGCUAAAGUGCGACAGCUGGACCUUGCGAGAUCUCGCGUAGCAGAAUGCCAGCGUCGUGUGCACGACUUGAUAGAUCUUCAACUGUGCAGUGCAGGAGUUGAGGCUGCUAUUAAAGCACAUGAUUACGAAACUGGUGCUGGCCACGUCUCUAGAUUUCUCAGCAUGGAUCCAGGGUCAGUGGCUGCAGCAAGAGCUCGUGGUGCUCCAGACCCAAGGGAUGCUAUGACUCGUGCUGCAAAUACACUUCGAGAACAUUUAGUGCGCAAGUUUGAAGAGGCAGCUCGCAAGGAAGAUGAACCAAGUAUAGAAAGAUUGUUCAAGCUGUUCCCACAAAUUGGACGAGCUGAGGAAGGAGUAGAUCUUCUCGCCAAGUAUCUGGCAACACAAGCGGAGGCCGUGAUCCGCCGUGCCUGCAUAGUGUCGGACGCGCGGUCGGAGGCGGCCGUGUACGCGGACGCCGUGACGCGCGUCGUGGAGGCGGGCGGCGCCGCGCUCGAGCGGGCCCGUCGCGCCGCCGCCGCCGCGCCCGGCCUGCUGCAUCGCGCGCUACUGGCCAUACAGCCUGCUGUAUGCUCAGGCAUCCGUCGUAUAGCGGGCGAGCUAGUAGCGGCGCGGCGCCUGACGCAGGACCCGGCGCGGGGACUCAGCUCGCCGCUCAGUGCCGAGCCUGUCUUGGCAGAGCUCGCACUCACACACUCACGCAUCUCUCUAUACUUCUCCUUCCUCAGGAGAAAGGCUGAGGUGGACGCGGCCCCUUUGAAAGACGCUGAAAAGAAAGCAAGCAAGGACGCAGUAGAGAAGAUUAUAGCAGAGUGUGACCUUAUGAGAACUGCACAGGAAAUACUUGGAUAUUAUCUGGCAUUGGAAAGAUACUUUUUGGAGGAGAGUGUAAAUAAAGCACUGAAGCUGGCAACACCACAGGUUGGGGCUACCACAUCUAGUUUGGUGGAUGAUGUGUUCUUUAUAGCGAGGAAGGUAAUCAGACGCGCCGUGUCGGCGGGCAGCGUGGACGGCGCGUGCUGCGUGCUCAACGACGUCAGCGCGCAGCUGGAGCGCGGCGCGGCCGCCCUGCGCCGCUGGCUGCGCGCGCCGCCAAUUGACUUCAAAAUGGAAGACAUCAAGCGUUUGAAGCUAUAG